AUGGAGGUGCGCGUCCAGAACAGCAGCCAGGAGGCAGAUUUUGUGAUCCUGGGAUUCAACACCAGUGAACAGCUGCAAGUCACGCUCUUUGCUCUGUUCCUUCUCAUGCACCUCGUCACCCUAUCAGGACACUUGACCAUUGUGGCUGUCACUUUCAUCGACUCUGCCCUCCAGACCCCCAUGUAUUUCUUCCUGCGCAACCUGUCUUCCAUCGAAGUCUGCUAUACCCUGGUUAUUGUGCCCAAGAUGUUGGCCAACUUCUUGGCCAAGAGCGGAAGAAUCUCCUUGACUGACUGUGCCACACAGAUGUAUUUUUUCAUUGCCCUUGGGGGCGCUGAGUGCUUCCUCUUGGCUGUGAUGGCCUAUGAUAGGUAUGUGGCCAUAUGCAAUCCACUGCGCUAUGCUCUUGUCAUGAGCCGGAAUUUCUGCGUGCUGCUCCUGGUGGCGGCUUGCGUCAGUGGAUUCACAAUCUCCCUGGGCCUCACCACAUUGAUUUUCAGAAUGCCCUUCUGUGGCUCACAUAAGAUCAACCACUUCUUCUGUGACAUCCCACCCAUGCUGUUCUUGGCCUGUAGUGACACACAUGCCAACGAGGUGGCCGUGUUCCUUGUCUGCAUGAUGAUCUUGCUCAUUCCGUUCCUCCUCAUUCUGGUUUCCUAUGUGUUCAUUGCCAAUUCCAUCUUCAGGAUCAAGUGCCCCGAAGACCGGAAGAAGGCCUUCUCCACCUGUGCUGCUCACCUGACAGUCGCCAUACUCCAUUAUGGCUGCGCCAUCUACAUUUAUAUACGUCCUAAGUCCAGCUACUCCCUGUAUCAGGACAAGGUGGUCUCUCUGAUCUACACCAAUGUCACACCCAUGCUGUACCCCAUGAUCUACAGUCUCAGGAACAAGGAAGUCAAGGGAGCACUCAAGAGAAUAUGGGAAAAGAAAUUUGUUUCCAUGGAAACAUAA